AUGUCGCUAUUCGGAAACUUCGACGUCGCGAAGCUGGCCUCCCAGCUAGGCGGCUUCACCAUCCCCGACGAUCCCGAGAUCCAGCACGAAUACGGAUCAAAGGACUUUGGCUACAGCAACCACGGCUCCCACCCCGGCGGCUACGACGGCCAGCCCCCCUCAGGCUACGCCGGCGGCCCCCAGAACGGCGCCGACGAGUACAAGCGCGAGCACCCCGACGCCUUCGGCACCGCCGACCCAGAGCGCUCCGCCGCCGCCUCCUACGGUGCGGGCGCGUUCUCUGCCGCCGCAGCCGGGACCUACGGCGCCCAGGCCCCUUAUCCCACGGACUCGCCCCGCCCGGAGCACCGCUACGGCGACCAGCAGAGCCCCUACCCCUCAGAGUCCCCGCGCCCCGAGCACCGCCCGUACGGGGAGAGCGCGAGCUCGUACCGCCCGCCGCCGCCCGAGCACGGCUAUGAACGCCCGCCCUCGCCGCGUCUGCCGGACGGCUGGGCCAAGAGGUUCGAUGAGCGGAGCGGGCGGUGGUACUACGUCAGUCCGAACAACUCGACGCAGUGGGAGCCGCCUGCGCCGGAGCCGAGGUACGAGGAUCGGUAUGCGGGAGGAGGGCACUCGCCUCAGCCGGGGUAUGGCGGUCACUCACCGGCGGAGUACGCUGCUGGCGCGGUGGCGGCGGGAGCGGUUGCGGGCGCUGCUGCGGGGUACUACGCGGGACAUGGCUACGAGCAGAGCCAGCCUCAUCAGCAGCAGCCGCAGUAUCAUGACCCGAACCGCUCGUAUGGUCAGCCUGGAUACGGCCAGCCUCAGGGAUCGCCUUAUGGACAUCCUCAGGGAUCUCCGUACGGACAGCCUCACGCAUCUCCACAUGGCCAGCCUUCAGGAUCCCCGUACAGUGGCGGAUCGCCAUAUGGACAGCCGCAAGCUUCGCCGUACGGUCAGCCCCAGCAGCAGGCGUAUGGACACCCGUACGGCCAGCAAUAUGAGCAGGCUAGCGAGGAGAAAAAGAAGAAGAAGAGCAGCAGCAGCAGUAACAUGCUGCUCGGCGUGGCGGGUGGUCUUGCUGUCGGCGCUAUAGGAGGAGCCCUCAUUGCGAACGCUCUGGACUCCGACUCCGAUGAAGAGCGCCACCAGGAGCGAUACGAACGAGGCAGCGACUCCGGAUCCGAGCACCGCUACCGCGAGUACGAGCGCGACGAGAGCGACCGGGAGUCGUUGCGGGAGGCCAGGAGGGAGUACGAGGAGGAGCUGGCCAGCGCGCGGGGGUCGAGCUGCAGCAGCAGCGACCGCGAGUCGAGCUGCAGCAGCAGCGACCGCGAGUCGUUGCGUGAGGCGAGGGAGGAGUAUGAGGAGGAGUUGCAUGAUUACUAUGAUGACUGA